GUGCAAUUGUUUUUUUCUUUUGUUUUUUUAUUAUUAUUUGUUUUUUUGUUUGUUUUCAAGAAAGAGGCACAUGUAUGCAGUUUAUGCAUGCAUGAAUCCCUCAGUCACGUCUAAAAGGCAUGGUUUAGCCCGACUGUGAAUAAGAUACAAGCAAAUCAUGCCUACAGAUGCAAGUGCUGUUAUCUUAUGUAUUUUGCGUGGUGUGGUGGUCCUUUAUAAAGCUCAGUUUGGAUGUUUUUUACUGAUUGAAUAAUAGGAAACAUUACCGCCUGAUAUUUCCCUGCAUGUUAUUGUGUUCCGGUUGCCAUAUUGAAACUAAUCUGUGGCACUGAGAAACCGAUACUACGACCAUGGCAGCAUUUAAUUUGACUUUAAAUUAAUGAUGUAGGGAACAAAAUAGUCUGAUUUGUUAUUCUAGAACUGGAGGAUCUUUGCAAAGCCACAUGAUCUUUUGAUAUGAAUAAGUAAAAUUAACUUUCUCUGAUCAUGGCCACAGUGGCGGCGCGAGUCAUGAACUCAACCGUAUAUUGUGAGCCCCAGGAUACUCAGGGGGUCAAUUGUAACACUAAACAAGUUAGAGUAAUGACACUUGUUUAGCACAUGCUCAGUCAAAUUACCUCUUGAGUGCAGUUGUUUCACAUAGUGGGAAAUGUAGUCUGCAGUCUAAAAUUGUGAUGCCUGUAAAUUAAAACAUUGUGCGGCAGUUAAAUGUUAACAAGUUUGCGGCAUUCAAAUAUAAAAUGUUAAUUAAAAUAUCUACUUGAAGGCUUCUUUAACAGAGAAUGCACUGAGACCAAUCUGAGAUAACAUGAAUCAUCAGGUUUUGCACGUACUUGUGGAAUCUGUCUGCUUAAGUGCUGUUGUCAUGAAAGCAAAAAGAGAGGCAUACUUUUCAGCUAUUCACUCAAUUUGUUAUGCUGAUAAUAUUAUACGUCAUACAAUAUACUGUAUAUAUAUGACAAGCAUUUUGACUAGUAGUCAAAAUUUUAUUCUAUUUAUUAUGUAUAAGCACUUGCACUUUUGCUUUAAACACAUUAUUCCUGACAGCUAAAAGAAUUAGUAUAAUUUAAAGGUGAAAUUAUUCAAGAAAGCAAUUCUAUUCUUACUUUUAGGAGUGCUCUUAUUUGAUAUACAGCGAGUGGAUUAGGAUCAUUUUUAAGUGUUAAAUUAGCUGGGGGCGGUUGUAAUACUCUGACUUCUUUUGUUAAAUGUACUAUUAUUAUUCAGUGUAAAUAUUUUAACUUUAUUAUAGCCAUUGGCAUGUUUCUUACACCAAAAAUGACAGGUAGAUUUGAAGUACUUUGUGAGUUAUGAAAGAAAAUGUAAAAUAUUACAAUUUCCUCGGUUACUCUUGGUUAAGAUUUGAGUUAAAGCAUGUACUAAAUAAAUUUACUUACUCACUAUGAGUACUAAAUAAUGUGUUCAUACAUUUGGUAUUAUAUUGCCUUAAUUUUGCUACUUAGUUGUUUCUCAAACCACAGUGAACAGCCCAUCAUUGUAGGCAUCAUGCUCAAAAAUGCUGUCUAGGCAGGCAAGUUGCCUAAGGCAACUCAUUAGGCUAUUUAGUGUUCAUGGUAAGUGAUAUUUGAAACAUGGCCAGAGUGUUGCAGUUGUUCUGCUCAAAAGCAGCUUACUGGUUUAACGAUAAAGGGGACUAAAUACAGGCAUGUUUAAUACAGAUAAAGAACGUGUGUAUUUAACUCUGAACGAGUCCUCGUCGACAGCCUAAAUGUUUUUCAUAGUGUUCGUUUGGAUGCCUCCGUGUUAUAUAAUUAAUCAUUUGACUCAUUCGCAAGCACUGUUGAUAAAAAUAAAAUAAAAAAUAAAACAUUUAGAGGUCGCGUUUCGGUGCUAACGUCCCUUUAAAUGCACUAAAGUCUUCCGUACACGAGGCGGAAUGUAUUAUACCAGAGCCAAUCAGAGACCGAAUUGUUCCGUUUCGUGCGAUGUCAUUGGCUCCCAGAGGUGUCCGUCAUUAUCUUGUCGUCGUGUUUAUAUCUGAAUAUGGCAUGUUGUCGGUCGGCCGAAGGAAGGCUGAAUGUGGCAGAUAGUGAGAUCAUGUUCUCGAAGCGGGUGAAGGAUGGAAAACCACUGACUCCUAAGUACACUUAUGUAGUGUCAUGGACUGAGUACCACCGCCGGAUCGAUGCGUUAAACAGUGAAGAUCUGCGCUCCCUAUGCAAACGUCUCCAGAUCACAACAAGGGAGGACGUGAACUCCAAACAUGGCACGUCCAUCACUGCCAGCCUGGAGCCAGAGACUUUCAAGCCCAACCUGAACGAACCCAGUGACCUUCUGGAGGCAGAGAAGAUCGAGAAGCUGGCGAAACAUCUCCCGCCCAGAACCAUCGGUUACCACUGGAAUCUGGCCUACAGCACAUCUAAACAUGGCAUGAGCAUUAAGUCGCUGUACCGGGCGAUGCAGGAUCAGGAAUCGCCCAUGCUGCUGGUCAUCAAAGACAGUGACGGACAGAUAUUUGGGGCUUUGGCCUCAGAACCCUUCAAAGUUAGCGAGGGUUUCUACGGCACAGGAGAGACUUUCCUGUUCACCUUCUAUCCAGAGUUUGAGGCGUACAAAUGGACUGGUGAUAAUCUGUUCUUCAUUAAAGGAGACAUGGACUCUUUAGCCUUUGGUGGAGGAAGUGGUGAAUUCGGGCUUUGGCUGGAUGGGGAUCUUUAUCACGGCAGGAGUCAUUCAUGCAAAACCUUUGGGAAUCCCAUGCUCUCCAUGAAGGAGGAUUUCUUCGUGCAGGAUAUUGAGAUCUGGUCGUUUGAGUAGCAGCUUACGGAGAGGUACCUUUAUGUUGUAGGUUGGAGAGAGGAAUUGGACAUCAGGCAGAUCCCAAACCUUACUGCACAUCACCACGGCUCCCAGGAAGCCCGUAACGGACGCUACUGUUACUCGCGCUUGUCGUAUGUUACUCCUGCAUUUAAUACAGAGCUCUUCUUUGUGCUGUUUAGUAUGUGUGUGUUUUGUUCAAGCCGUGUGCAGCGUCAAUAACAAACGGGAGGAUGUAACGUGGGACCCCCAUUGAGUGGAGAUGACGAUGAUAAUGAUGAUGGUGGUGGCGGCAUGGGUUUGGGCUGUCCGAGAACUGCCAUAGUCCAAUUUACCUGAGCCGAAGCGGCAGGAGUUUGUUUAAGACGAUGUUAGCCAAUAGGAUGUCACUACUGCAACACAGGGAUCGAUGGGGGGAAAAAACUACAACGGAAAAAGAAAAGCAAACAACUGAAAACACAUUCCCUUGCUCUCAGAGGAAGAAUAUGCAUUUUUGGAUCGCGGUGGCGUCCGCGAGAAGACGAGAACACAUCCUUAGUUUCUUUUGAGGCGAAAUAUUCAAGUGUCGUGAAAUUCGUAGUCUUUCUGUCGUUCACUAUCAUAGCACACCAUGUCGAAGCACAUAAUCGGAAACCCCAUAGUCGUAAUGUUCUGUUCAGUGGGUUUUACAUGUGAGUGUGGCUAACACUGACCCCUCCGCUUCGGAAGGGCCGACUUUUACUGUUCGUAGGCAGAAAUGUGUCGCAAUAGAUUUGUGGAAUAUGCAAAUUCCUGUUCUGUGACCUCAAAUAAUCCAGACGGGGCACUUUUGUUUUCCCCGUUUCUCUUCCCAAGAGACCUUUUACGUCUUGACGGAUUAAUUGCUUUUCUGGGUAUCAUUUGAAAAGCCUGAGAUGUGGUUUAAUUGUUUUUCAUGAAUAUAAUGACAAUUCUAUAUUUAUGUAUAUGAUUAUAUAUAUACAUAAAUUCAUAUAUAUAUAUAUAUAUAUAUAUAUAUAUAUAUAUAUAUAUAUAUAAUGAUAUAUAUAUAUUGCUGUUAAGUGUGACAGUGAUCUUUUCUGUGCUGAUAUCUCAGCUGUUACUAAUAUAAUGUAUAUUACCCUGUAAAUUAAUGUUAAAAUAGUAGAUUUGUUCCUAUAUAUAUAAAUAUAUAUAUAUAUAUAUAUAAAUGAAUAUACAGUGUGUGGAUUGGUGGGUUGCUUCUCGCACUUUAUUAAUCUAGUUUCAAGCCAGGUUCUUCAGGCCUCAUUAGCAGUAGCAGUACAGUAUAUAUUUUUGUUUGUCUUUUAGAUAAUAGAGUAAAUUAAUCGUUUAUAAAGAGCUUGCUGCUACUGUGGAGAGGAAAAGCCCCGGACGGGCAUCUCAGCGGUCGAGCACAGGGUCGAAUGUGACGGACUCUCUUCUUCUCACAUGUCCUGUCCCAGCAGGGUUUUUUUUUUUUUUUUUUUUUUGGUCUGGUCUUUUGGUUUUUUCGGUGUGUAGAUUGACUGUGCACACAGCGAGAGGAGCGCAUACGUCCUUUCAGAGUCGCAGACGAGAAGUGCAAACAAAUCCUUCAUCUACUUCACCGGAAUAUAAUGUUACAGUGAUGUAUAAAGAACAAUGAAUACUAAUAAAUUGUUGUAACCUGGGACAGAA